GAUCGGAAGAAAUGAUUGAUUUUGUUAGACUUGUGUAGUAUAAAAAGCAUGCUACUCUGCACACUUGAUGCACACAACAGAGACUUGAGCAAUAGUAUUUCUUCAGCUCUUCUGCAUUCUCUGCAAUAAUCUUUCUUUAGCAAAAAAAUGGUGAAGCUUGCAAUUGGCAGCAUUGGUGACUCUUUGAGUGGUGCCUCAGUCAAGUCUUAUUUGGCCGAGUUCAUCGCUACUCUUCUUUUCGUGUUUGCUGGAGUUGGAUCAGCCAUUGCUUAUGGGCAGCUCACAGCUGAUGCAGCAUUGGACCCUGCAGGAUUAGUGGCAAUAGCCAUAGCUCAUGCAUUUGCUCUGUUUGUGGGAGUGUCCAUGGCAGCAAACAUCUCAGGUGGCCAUUUGAAUCCAGCUGUCACCCUCGGAUUAGCCGUCGGAGGCAACAUCACCAUCAUCACUGGACUCUUCUACUGGAUUGCUCAAUUGCUUGGUUCCACUGCUGCUUGCUUCCUCCUUAAAUUUGUUACUGCUGGCAAGGCCAUUCCAACUCAUGCAGUUGUAUCAGGCAUGGGAGCCGCAGAAGGCGUAGUGUUCGAAAUCAUCAUCACCUUUGCUCUUGUCUACACCGUCUACGCCACCGCAGCGGACCCCAAAAAGGGCUCACUAGGCACCAUUGCACCCAUUGCCAUCGGCUUCAUCGUGGGAGCUAACAUCUUGGCUGCAGGCCCAUUCAGUGGCGGAUCCAUGAACCCGGCCCGCUCUUUCGGCCCAGCUGUGGCGAGUGGGGAUUUCUCUGGUCAUUGGGUCUAUUGGGCUGGCCCACUUAUUGGUGGAGCCUUAGCUGGGCUGGUUUAUGGUGAUGUUUUUAUUGGAUCAUAUGAAGCACUCCCUGCUUCUGAAGACUAUGCUUAAUUAUUACUCCCUCCGUCCCCCUGAGUUGUAUACAUUGGGGGACGGGGACGCGGCACGAACUUUAAUGCUCCUGCAAAUUGUAGUUGUGCAAUUUAUUUUUAAAAUUUUUCUUUUCUGAAUUAAA